GGGACCGGACUAGCCCGAGAUGACACACUUGCACACACACUAACACACCAAACACGGCCUCUCCCCAGCUCCCUCUCAUGUUUCUCUUUCUUUUAUUGGCCAAAACAAGCUCACGAAGAACCGGACCGAACCCGGGCUCUGUUCAUCCGCUCUAACGGGGUCUAACGGCGUCGGUACAAACCGGACUUUCGGUUAAUCGAACAUUUCCACCGCGACUUGUUCUCUCUUCUGAAGGAGAGCUCCCAUUAAGGAGACUGAGCUUUAACAUCACUUUGGAGUGACACGGCGGGUGGAAAUUAAACUUCAGCACGCCAGCUAACCUCCUCCAGCCUCAUCCUCGUCGCUGUCUCCAUCCUCAGCUGUUUCCCCGCGGAGGGUUUCCAGCAGCCAUGGCCGGACGAGGACGUGCCGCGGUCGGUCUGCUCGUCCUGCUGUGCUCGCUCUUCGGUCCCUGCGGCUCCUUCAACCUGGAUGAGGACAAACCGUUCGUGUUCUCCGGACCGGAGGGGAGCUACUUCGGCUUCUCGGUGGAUUUCUUCCAAGCCUCAACCGACCUGAGGUCAGACGUUUUGAUUGGAGCUCCUCGGGCGAACGCGUCGUCCUCCAGCAGUGUUGUGGAGCGAGGAGCGGUAUACAGCUGUCCCUGGGCCGGUUCUUCCUCCUGUCAGCAGGUGCUGUUUGACAGCUCAGAUGACAGGACGAACACAGAAGGAGCUAAGAUGGAGUUCAAAUCUAAGCAGUGGUUUGGCGCUUCGGUCCGAUCUGAUGGAGAACACAUACUGGCGUGUGCUCCUCUGUAUCAGUGGUCGACGUACGGCGUGUCGGAGCGAGAGCCGGUGGGAACGUGUUUCCUGAAGAAAGGAGACGCGGUGGUCGAGUACUCGCCCUGCAGAUCGACUGCAAACUCACCUGAAGGUCAGGGUUUCUGCCAGGCCGGAUUCAGCGCUGACUUCCUAAAGAAGGAGCACAGAGUGGUGGUGGGUGGACCGGGCAGCUUCUACUGGCAGGGUCAGCUGAUUUCCGAUGACGUCGCUGAGAUUUUUAAGCGCUUUGACAAAAAAUAUGUCAUCCCGUACGGAAACACCCUCUCUACAAAGUCCGCCAGCGCCCAGUAUGACGACAGUUAUCUAGGAUAUUCUGUGACUGUUGGAGACUUCAACGAUGAUGGGAAAGAAGAUUAUGUGACCGGAGUCCCUCGUGGAGACAAGGCACUCGGUUAUGUGAACAUCUUUAACAACCUUAACAUGGAGUCUAUGGUGAACUUCACGGGAACACAGAUGGCGGCGUACUUCGGACACUCAGUUGCUGCUACAGAUGUUAAUAAUGACGGUUUGGUGGAUCUGCUGGUUGGCGCUCCUCUCUUCAUGGACAGAGGCCCUGAUGGGAAACUGAGGGAGGUGGGACAGGUGUCUGUGUACCUGGGUCGUGGUGGGUUUUCCUUCCACCCUCCUCAGCAGCUCAUCGGGUCAGAGGUUUACGCCCGAUAUGGCUCUGCCAUCACCACACUGGGAGACCUGGACAUGGACGGAUUCAAUGACGUGGCGAUCUCUGCUCCGUACGGGGGUCCAGAUCGGUAUGGUCGCAUCUACAUCCAUAACGGCCGCCCUCAGGGGCCCAACGCCACACCUUCACAGGUCCUGAAGGGUAAAUGGGCGUCCAGCUACAUGCCUUCAAGCUUCGGAUACUCCAUGACAGGAAACACUGACAUAGACAAAAACGGAUACCCAGAUUUAAUAGUCGGGGUGUUUGGAGCCGACAAAGCUGUUUUAUACAGAGCUCGUCCUGUGAUCAGUGUGAACGCCACAUUGGACAUGACGCCUCAGAUCAUUAACCCUGAGGAGAAGUCGUGCAACAUCUCUGGAACAAAUACGCCGGUGUCCUGUUUCAAGGUAAAGUACUGUCUGAAGGCCAGCGGCAUCAGCGCUCCACCCACUCUCAAUUUCCGUGUGGACCUGGAGCUGGAUCGUCUGAAGCAGAAGGAGUCGACCAAACGCGUCCUCUUCCUGCACGAUCAAGCCUUUCAUUACUCCAAGAACAUGGUGGUCAACAACGGGAAAGGCCCCACCUGCGAGGAGCAGUUCGUCUACCUGGGGGAGGGCCAAGAUGUUAGGGAUAAGAUCACACCCAUCUCUGUGGCGAUGGAUUACACUCUGAACUAUCAGAUGGCUGCAGAUCCGACUGGCCUGCUGCCCAUCCUCCACAUGUCGACACCGUCCAACGUCACCAAGCAGGCUCACAUCCUGUUGGACUGUGGCGACGACAACAUCUGUAAACCCGACCUGAAGCUGUCCGUGAAGAGUGACCGCGAGCAGAUCUACAUCGGAGAUGAUAACGCUCUGACUCUGGAGGUGGUCGCUGAGAAUAAAGGAGAGGGAGCGUACGAGGCAGAGUUGCACAUCUACCCGCCGCAGCUGGCUGACUUCACCAGGGUCGUCCCCAGCGAUACUCACAGCAGAGUCUCCUGCACCUACAAGAAGGAGAACCAGACCAAGAUUGUGGUGUGUGACCUGGGAAACCCCAUGAAGGCAGGAACUGUGAUUAAGACAGCGCUGAGUUUCAGCGUACAUCUGGUAUCAGAGGAGGAGACAUCUGUGAAGUUUGACCUUAAGAUGGUCAGCUCGAACCAGUUCGACAACACGAGUCCUCGAGUGUCCAGCGUCACCAAACUGGCGGUCCUGGCUAAAGUCUCCAUCAGAGGGACGUCGUCUCCCAGUCAGAUUCUUCUUCCCAUCGCCAACUGGAAACCCAGACAUCCUGCUGUGAGCGUAGACGACCAGGGACCUCAGAUAGUCCACGUCUACGAGCUCCUGAACAGCGGGCCGAGUACGUUCAGUAAGGCGUCUCUGGAGGUCGAGUUGCCGUAUCAUUACAAGAACGACUCUCUGCUCUACGUUGUAUCUUUCGAGACCGAGGGGCCGAUUAACUGCACCACGGACAUCGAGCUCAACCCGCUCAACCUGUCGAGCCCGCUAUCCUCAGCGAAGAACAUCAGCGGUGGGAUACCUCCCAGAGAGACAGAGACAGAGGGACGAAACAGACACCAAGUCCGCAGGAGAGAAGUGGAGUCAACAAGAGACUCACAGAACGACCUGCAGACACUGGACUGUAACACAGCAGACUGUCUGCGGCUCAGGUGUCAGGUGGGUCGACUGGUGAAGGGGAAGAACGCCAUCGUGUUCAUCUACUCCAGACUGACCGUCAACAACUUCCUCAGGACGGAGAAUCAGAAUCGUUCGUAUAUGGUACAAUCGACUGCGUCCUUCAACGUCAUCGAGAUGCCGUAUAAGAACCUGGACUCAGAGCUGUCGUCCAACAGCACCAUGGUCAGUGUGUCGGUCAUGUGGGUGGCGGAGCCGCCUCAGUCGGUCCCGGGUUGGGUCGUAGCCCUGGCAGUGUUAGCCGGUCUGCUGCUGCUCGCUCUGCUCAUCUUCAUCAUGUACAAGCUGGGCUUCUUUAAGAGGGUCCGCCCCCCCCAGGAGGACUGCACAGAGAAGGAGCAGCUGCAGCCGGAGGAGAACGGAAACACUGACGCCUAGAGGUCAAACUGAGGAGGGGCGCCCCCCUACUGUUUGUACAGAACAAUUUAGGGGAACACGGCCGCUGAGAGAGUUUCACUGUAUUCACUGUUGGAUGGGAGAUAAGGUACUGUUUCAAUUUUUUUUUUUAUUUUUUUUUAUUUUUUUUUUUUACAAGUGUUCUUUUUCUGUUUGUGCCAAAAGAGAACGUCAGACUGAGACACAUGAAACCUUCAGAGAUCAUCAGAGUGUCUUCAAGUUAAAGGAGUAUUUCAACAUUUAUGGUACACACUUCCAUUCCUCUCUCGUUUCUGUACGCUACACAUCCAGCUAGCUAGCUUAGCAUUAGGUCUGGAAACUAGGGGGCGAAUGCACCUGGAAACACCCGGAGCGCUCUCUGAUCCACAGGUUUGAUCCAGUUUGCACAUUUUUCUAUCUUUCCAUGUGACUAGUGACUUUUUGUACAGAGAACUAAAAACAAAACAUGUAGACCCAUGAACUCCUGUCGACCUUUCCCCUUUAAUUUUAGUCCAUACGAGAAGCUAAGCUAAUUAGCUCCUGGUUGUAGCUUCAUAUUUCACAUUUCAACUUGAGGAAGAAUCCCUGAGUGCGUUUACACGGACUUGAGUAUCCCGGUUCUGAGUCUUGUCCUGGUUUUGAUCCACCUGGUUCUUCAUCUCCCUGAUCAAUCCUCGUAUCCUGCUUUAUGAUGACUGCGUUUUAUUUGUGCAGGUGCCUCUGAUGUUUAUUUUUUAUGACACAAACCGCGGCUAGUUUGAAAUCUGCUGAGACCUCUGAGGAUUAAUGUGGAUGCUGACAACACAUCUCAUUAAAGAUUUUGGAAAAUGUGAAAGUGGCUGAAUCAGAGCCCCUUCUUCUGAUGUUUAACCACGUAGAAAUGUUUCUUCAAAGUGACCUGACUCGCUCCAUCGUACGUGUCAUGACACCGGCGUCCCGCAGCCUGUUCACCACCGACUUUAAAAGGUCAGCAUGUCGACUUCAUUCUUUCAUUACCACAAGACAAAUCUCCGUUUCUUCGUAGCUCCAGAAGUAAGACACUCUCGUUGUCAUUUGUUUUGUUGAUAAGUCACUUGGCUGAGGCAGCGCCUGUGCAGGUCAUCAGCGGUUAGAAACCCGGGUAAGGUGUAUACGUGCUGCAGUAUCCUGUUUACUUUCAGAGUUCUCCAGGUAACUAAAUGGGGUUCUCAAAAUCAGGAUCAGGGCGUAUCCCGGUUCCCUGGUUUCUUUGGGGUCAGAUGUUUGCAUGCACAAACAAAAGAACAGGAUACUUAAAAACCCUGAUCUAAUCCGGGUGACUCCAGUCCACGUAAACGCACUCACGCUUAAGUUUGGAAGGAAUGUUUCCCAAAGUGUCGAGUUACUCCUUUCUCUUCCUGGCAAAGAUCUCUGUAGCUUCAUGACACCAAACAUGAGAAGUUUUACUUUCCUGAGAGACUCUGCUGAGUUCAGGCUGAGAUUUGAUUUGCACACUUUUGUCCGAACCCUGAUUCCUGAAACUGUACAAUGGUUUAAAAAGUCCAGAACUGCUGAUUGGAUCCCUGAAGUAUUUCAGCCCAUCCUCUUUGAUCGCUUCAUAAACGUCUGCUCCUGUCGUCUCACGUCUGAGUGUUAGUGAUAGACCAGACUGGAUUUUAAGAUAUGGACUAUGAGGACACACAAGACAAUUUUUAAAUCUUAACUUGUAGCGGGUCUGAGUCUGAGGUCUCAUUCAGAACAAAGGUUAGCAUCAAAGCUAACUCCAUUAGCUUCCACAACAAGCUAGCUCACCUCUAAAGACCAGACCAAGAUCUAAAAGACGGCAGGAACAGACACAAGUUUGUGUAACUUCUUCAAAUCUACCGUGAAAACAAAGCUAUGUUAGCUGAGCUAAGCAAAGCUAACCAGCGAGGAGGAUAACAACGGCCUUUAAGAAAAGAUGAAUAAAGUGAAAUCAUCAGCAGUAACUGAAGUGUGAGCUGAUUGGAUCCCUGAUGAUAAGAAGUGUUACAGUAAUAUAUUGACCCUGAUACUUCUGUUUGUUUGUUUUUUGGGAAGUUGUUUGUUUUUAGUCGUUUAGUCGUUUGUUUCAGCUUUUUAUUUUUAUUUCUACAAAAAGAUGUUAAAUAUAAAAAACAGUCUAACUCUUCAUAAGUUUUACUUUAUUCUUUUAUUCAAAAUGAUGUUUGGGGUGAAAAUCAGAGAAAGUUUGAGUUUUACUUCCAGACUGUCAGCUGACUGUUUGCUAAACUCCUCCCCUUUUCACUGACAGCCAAUCAGAGCUCUUCGGCUCAGCUCUGUAGUUAUUUACACAAGCUUUAUAAAAAUAAAACAUGGCUGUGUCUGAAAAUGCACCCCGUGAAAUUGAGAAUGUAGAUGAUCUGAAAUCAUCAGAUGCCCCAUAAUGCACUGCAGCUCUCAGACUAUUCAAUCACAGAGCUCGCCAGCCGGCCAAGGCGCACCAAAAUAACAAAUACAAACAAAUAAAAUUAACCAUACCGUUAAAUGUUUUAUGUGUUAUUAAUAUUAAAAGAAGAUGGCGCUGUUUUAGUAACGAAUCUAUGAACAUCGUUGAAUUCUAUUUACUGAACGAUGGACGCGCUAGCUUGAUGUUAACUUAUCAAACUACGUCACGUGACCCGUAGCUUAGCAUGUUGUAGGGCUUUCAUUCUUUCAAUUAAACAACUUAGAACCAAUUUAGAAAAUCACACGGAAAGGUACGAAAACGAGCCAGCUUGGAGGGUUGCCGGUGCGACACACUCAGAGUUAAUAUCUGUUUGAAAGGAUGAUGAGAUUAUUAUGAUUACAACAAAUGAUUCUGCUUAAUGAUUCACUGCACACGUGCCCUUUAAGAAAAGGAAGAGCACAAUCAUAGCAACAGUAACUAAGGGGAGGGGCUUAUCAAACAGUCUGUCACGAUUUAAACUUCCCACCCUGCACUGAGGCUUCCUUCACGUGAGGAUUGUUUGAUGAUAUUUUUACUAACAUGUCUGAACGCUGGUCGCUGUUUUUACGUCUGAGUGAUGAAGUGAGUGAGUGUGAAUAAAGUAAAAUUUAAAAAAAAGGUUUGAAUUUACCCAUAUUGGGUUUGCAUCAUGCGUUCAUGUGAAAGGUUGGUGAUGAUUUAAAAAAAUAUAUUAAUCCUGUUAACAAGAAAAAAACUCACAUGUCAUUUAGUCACUGCUCCUGUAAUACUCUCCGCUGCCACACGGGGUCACCGCUCUCAUUUCAUGUUUUUGUUGAUUUCAAUGUAGAACAAAAAUAUCUAAUUAUUCCAUUAAAUCCUCAAGUGUCCUCAA